AGAAGGUAUGGCAGAAGCUGUCAGCUCAAGCAAGGACUGCCUUCAAGCAGGUGAGUCCUGUACCAACGACCCCAUUUGCAGUGCCAAAUUCCGGACCCUCCGGCAAUGCAUCGCUGGCAAUGGAGCAAACAAGUUGGGCCCUGAUGCCAAGAACCAGUGCCGGAGCACCGUGACAGCUCUGCUCUCCAGUCAGCUCUACGGCUGCAAGUGCAAGCGAGGCAUGAAGAAGGAGAAGCACUGCUUGAGUGUCUACUGGAGCAUCCACCACACGUUGAUGGAAGGCAUGAAUGUUCUGGAAAGUUCCCCUUAUGAGCCGUUCAUCAGGGGCUUUGACUACGUCCGUCUGGCAUCCAUCACUGCAGGGUCUGAGAACGAGGUGACCCAGGUGAAUCGGUGUCUGGAUGCCGCCAAGGCCUGCAAUGUGGACGAGAUGUGCCAGCGGCUGCGGACAGAGUACGUCUCCUUCUGCAUCCGACGCCUGGCCCGAGCCGACACCUGCAACCGCUCCAAGUGCCACAAGGCUCUGCGCAAGUUCUUUGACCGUGUGCCACCAGAGUACACCCACGAGCUGCUCUUCUGCCCCUGUGAAGACACAGCCUGUGCCGAGCGCCGGCGGCAGACCAUCGUUCCUGCCUGCUCCUACGAGUCCAAGGAGAAGCCCAACUGCCUGGCACCUCUGGAUGCCUGCCGGGAAAACUACGUCUGCAGGUCACGCUACGCGGAGUUCCAGUUCAAUUGCCAACCAUCCCCGCAGACCGCGAGCGGCUGCCGGAGGGACAGCUAUGCUGCCUGUCUGCUGGCCUACACUGGCAUCAUAGGCAGCCCCAUCACACCCAACUACAUCGACAACUCAACAUCCAGCAUAGCUCCCUGGUGCACAUGCAAUUCCAGUGGGAACAGGCAGGAAGAGUGUGAGAGCUUUCUGCAUCUUUUCACCAACAAUAUUUGUCUCCAAAAUGCCAUUCAGGCCUUUGGCAAUGGGACCUACCUGAACACAGCCAUGGCCCCAUCCAUCCCUCCCACCACACAGAUGUACAAGCAGGAGCGAAAUGCCAACAGAGCCGUGGCGACCCUCAGAGAGAACAUCUUCGAACACCUCCAGCCCACCAAGGUGGCCGGGGAGGAGAGGCUCCUGCGUGGCUCCACUCGUCUGUCCUCAGGGACCUCCAGCCCAGCAGCUCCAUCCCCCUGGGCAGCCUCUCUGCUGCAGAUGUGGCUUCUCCUCACUCUUUCUGUGCUGAGCCUCUCCGCCAUGUGA